GACAAUCAAUUCACAUUUCCAAGCUUACUUUUUCAAAAUUUGUUUGUUAUCACUGUUAAUGCACUACGUGGCAACACCGCCACAGUGUUUUUCAUUUGACAUUGAAAAGGUGCACAUAUUUUCCAGCUGGCAGUGGGAGGAUAACGGUACAGACAAGGACUAACCAUUGCGGUACCAGCACUAAAAAUCAAGUUGACUUCUCAGUUUGUUGUGUUAACGUAAUCUUUAAUAAGGAAAAUGGCCGGUACGCUCCCCGCUCUCAACCAGGAGCCCAUCUACAAGAAGAUCCAGGAGUACUAUGAUAAGCAUAACAAGGAUAUUGUCAUCAAGGACUUGUUUGUGAAUGAUCCUAAGCGGUUCUCCAAAUACAGCUUGCGUCUGCAAACACCCAACGAUGGCGAAAUACUAUUGGACUACUCGAAAAAUCGUGUGAACGAUGACGUCUGGCCCAUGCUGCUGGAAUUGGCCAAUGUGCGACGUGUGGAGGCGGCACGCAAUGCCAUGUUCAGUGGCCAGCACAUCAACAUCACCGAGAAUCGUGCUGUGCUGCAUACGGCAUUGCGUAAUCGCAGUCUGGAGCCGGUCUUACUGGAUGGCCGCGAUAUUAUGAGCGAUGUGCGUGCUGAGCUGGCGCACAUGAAGGAGUUCACCAACAAGGUCAUCUCUGGUGUCUGGCGUGGCUGCACCGGCAAACAGAUCACCGAUGUGAUUAACAUUGGCAUUGGUGGCUCCGACUUGGGUCCAUUGAUGGUCACGGAGGCAUUGAAGCCCUACGGCAAGGGACUGCGUUCGCAUUUUGUGUCCAACAUCGAUGGUACUCACAUGGCCGAGGUGCUCAAGCUGGUCAACUAUGAGACAUCGUUGUUCAUUAUUGCCUCGAAGACCUUCACCACGCAGGAAACCAUUACAAAUGCCACAUCAGCCAAGACCUGGUUGCUGGAGCAUGCCAAGGAUGAUGCGGCAGUAGCCAAGCAUUUCGUGGCGCUGUCUACUAACAAGGAAAAGGUUACUGCUUUUGGCAUUGAUAGCGCCAACAUGUUUGGCUUCUGGGAUUGGGUGGGUGGACGUUACUCGCUCUGGUCGGCAAUUGGUCUUUCUAUUUGUCUGUCCAUUGGCUUUGAGAACUUUGAGCAGCUGCUCGAUGGCGCCCACUUCAUGGAUAAUCAUUUCAAGACGGCGCCGUUGGCUACAAAUGCACCGGUGAUACUGGCACUGCUGGGUGUUUGGUAUUCAAACUUUUACAAUGCCGAGACUCACGCUCUACUGCCAUACGAUCAGUAUUUGCAUAGGUUUGCAGCAUAUUUCCAGCAGGGCGAUAUGGAGAGCAAUGGCAAGUUUGUCAGCAAAUCUGGCAAGAAGGUCACCUAUAAUACCGGACCAAUUGUGUGGGGCGAGCCGGGCACCAAUGGCCAGCAUGCAUUCUAUCAGCUCAUACACCAGGGUACUCGUCUAAUUCCUUGCGAUUUUAUUGCGCCAGCACAGACGCACAAUCCCAUUGCUGGUGGCAAGCAUCAUAAGAUCUUGUUAUCCAAUUUCCUGGCUCAGACCGAGGCCUUGAUGAUGGGCAAGACCACGGAACAAGCACGUGAAGAACUCACCAAGAGCGGAAUCUGCGGCAAUGAAUUGGAGAAUUUGCUGCCACACAAAGUGUUCCAGGGCAAUCGCCCUACAAACUCAAUUGUGGUGAAGAAAGUAUCACCUUUCACCUUGGGCGCAUUGAUUGCGCUCUAUGAAAUGAAAAUCUUUGUUCAGGGUAUUAUUUGGGACAUCAAUUCGUUCGAUCAAUGGGGCGUUGAGCUGGGCAAACAGCUCGCCAAGGCUAUUGAACCAGAGCUGGAUCACUGCGAAGAGGUCUCCUCACAUGACAGCUCAACAAAUGGUCUAAUUAAUUUUAUUAAAGCAAAUUGGAAGUAAACUGCUGGCUCAAUACGAAUAAUUUUCUUUCGGCAAACUGCGCUUACUUAUACUUAUGCAUACUCUCGAAUUACAAAAAAGAUUAUCUGUUCCUGGCACUAAAUUUGAAUAUACAUACUAUUCGUAUACAAUUAUUAAGUAUAUUUGCAUGCAAUAUUGGAAAUCAAUACGUUACGCAUUUGUUUACAAGUUGACAAAAAAAAAACGGAAAACAAAAUUCUCACUAUUGGUAGUAAUUAUUAUUACAUAUUAUGCUAUAUGUAUGUUGUUGUUUGGAUGUAGUUUAUAUACGCAGUUAUACGCAGUAAAAAUCGCAUGAAAUUUAAAGCACACAAUUGUAUUUGCAAAAACAAAAA